CAGUUUCAGUGAAGAGGUUUCCAAGUUUGCAUCUCUGGUUUCCAAAACACAGAAGCCUUUCCACCAACACUUGAGGUCUCUGAUAAGGACAGAUGGUGUAAGAGCUAUUGAUGUGAUUCCCUUCUGUCAGAUUAGUGAAUUGCGACUUCUUAAAGUCUUGGAUUUGAGUUCUUAUAGUGUGGAUUUUUUGUCGUCAGCUACAUUCAAACCACUAAAUCUCCUGAAGUACCUUGCUGUUUCGGCAGAGAGAUUCUAUUUUCAUUCAGUAUCUCAUCUGCCUCAUAUAGAAACUUUAAUUGUGAAGAGUUGUCCUUAUGUACUGUUACCAGUGUCUUUUUGGCAAAUGGAAAAAUUAAGGCAUGCUCAUGUUGAUUGGGCUCUUUUUGGUAAUCAGGGACUCUUUGAAGGAUCCUCUAAAUUGGAAAAUUUGAGGAUAUUAAAGAAAAUUAGUGCAUUUCCAAUUGAUAGGGUGGAUGUGUUGUCAAGGAGGUGUCCUAAUCUUCAACAACUUCAUAUCGAAUUUGAUGUACAUUCUGCAGAUUCUUUUUGUCUCACAUUGGAGAAUCUUACCCAGCUUCAAAUACUUCGCGUUUUCUUUCAGCGGCCCCACAUCAUUGUAUCUGGGUUGCAAUUGCCUUCAAAUUUAAACAAGUUGGUACUUAGAGGAAUUCAUAUAGAAAGUGCUAUUCCCUUCAUUGCGGGACUACCAAGCCUGGAGUAUCUUCAAUUAGAAGAAUGGAAUUAUGCAGAAGGGGAACCAAUUUUUCCUCAAUCAGAAGAGUGGUGCCUUGGAGAUAUCACGGUCCAUAACCUUAAGUUCUUGAAACUGGUGCGGUUAGGUAUCUCAAAGUGGGAUGCCUCGGAGGAAUCAUUUCCCUUGCUUGAAACACUUGUUAUAAAAAAGUGUGAUGACCUUGAGGAGAUCCCACUUAGCUUUGCUGAUAUUCCAUCAUUGAAACAGAUUAAGUUGAUUGGGUCUUGGAAAGUAUCUAUGGAGGCUUCAGCUGUGAGAAUUAAGGAAGAAGUCGAAGAGAUUGAAGGAUGUGAUCGUAUACACCUCGUCAAAGAACUGAUUGAAGGAUGUGACCGUAUAGACCUCCUCAAAGAAUACUGA